GGCUGCAGCCACACACCCCUCUCCUGACAGCUGCUAAUAAAGUCCUUUCAUUUUGCAUAAAGCUUGCUGGCUGGUUCCCACCUGAUAAGAGAACACAGGAGGUGCAGUGGACACAAAGACACAGUGGAGAAUUUCCCCCCAGGUCUCACAUUGUGUAUCAUCAGACGCUCACUGUCACAAUGGAUGUCUCUCCCCCUUCUAUACCCUGCCAUUUUAUGGUGAAGCCUACAUAUAAACACUGCAUACCUAGCUAGCAAUAAAUUUUGCUUGCUUCCCAGUAGCACUUUUAGAACUCAAAUAUAUUCUUUUUUUUAUCAUUUCUGUUGUACACAAUUAUUUAUAAAUAUAUAUUACCUCAUAAGCCACUACCAAACCACAGUAUAUGGUCUUGAUUUAACUCUGAUUAUAACUUAAAUUAACCUACAAGUAACCCAGUCAUGGAUACAACUACACUAGCAACUCUGGCCACUGCCACAACUGUGGCUCUAGCCUCUGAUAUGUCAGGCUACAUGUGGCUGCUGGUGGUAGGCUUCAUCAUUGCCUUCAUCCUGGCCUUCUCUGUGGGGGCCAAUGAUGUGGCUAACUCCUUCGGUACAGCUGUGGGGUCUGGGGUGGUCACCUUGCGGCAGGCUUGCAUCCUGGCCACAAUCUUUGAGACUGUAGGCUCAGUUCUGCUGGGGGCCAAAGUCAGUGAGACUAUCAGACAGGGGAUCAUUGAUGUCCGAAUAUACAACAGCUCCGAACACAUCCUAAUGGCGGGAUCAAUAAGUGCGAUGUGUGGCUCUGCUGUGUGGCAGCUGGUUGCAUCAUUCCUGAAGCUCCCCAUUUCUGGAACCCACUGUAUUGUUGGCGCCACAAUUGGCUUCUCCAUGGUAGCCAGGGGUCACCAAGGGGUCAAAUGGAUGGAGCUACUCCGCAUUGUGGCAUCCUGGUUCCUGUCACCUGUACUGUCAGGCAUCAUGUCAGGAAUUCUAUUCUACUUUGUUCGCAAGUUCAUUCUGAACAAGGCUGACCCUGUACCCAGCGGUCUCAGAGCUCUGCCAAUCUUCUAUGCUAUCACUAUGGGAAUCAACCUCUUCUCCAUCAUGUUUACAGGAGCACCACUGCUGGGUUUUGACAGAGUGCCAUGGUGGGGUACACUGUGUGUGACGAUUGGCUGUGCCUUCGUCACAGCUUUGAUCGUUUGGUUUGUUGUCUGUCCACGCCUCAAGAAGAAAAUCAAACGACACACAGCUGCUGCUCCCUGUGAAACUCCACUGAUGGAUAAGAACUCCAGAAAACCUGCCCUAGCAGAGCAGACCUCAAUACUUUGUGACCCUGAUCCCCAGACCCCUACAGCAGUCAGUCAGAAGGUGGCUUUCAAACUCGGAGGCUCAGAGGAAACUGAUUUGGACACCAAGGACAUGGAAACCAAAGACUUGGAUGUCAGCAGUGGUCUGAACGGCACUGUUGGCACCAUGGUGAUCACUGAUCCGCACAGUGGGCGGUCCCACACGAUCCACAAAGACUCUGGCCUUUACAAAGACCUGCUACACAAGCUCCAUAUGGCCAAGGUUGGUGACUGCAUUGGUGACAGUGACACAGAAGAGCGGCCCAUCCGGAGGAACAACAGCUACACCUCCUAUACCAUGACCAUUUAUGGCAUCCAAGGAGAUCCUAAAUACAAGGACCUGGAUGGUGGAAUGCAGAGGAGAUCCAGGGUGGACAGUUCGUGCAGCUCCAGCUCAGUGGCGAGCAGCAGGUCUGCAGUCCAGGACUGUACUGUGCCUCAGGAAACUAGCAGUAACGUUGUUCUAGAGGAGGAUGAGCUGGAGGUUGACCAACCAGCUAUUUCCUUGCUUUUCCAGUUCCUGCAGAUACUCACAGCAUGCUUUGGCUCCUUUGCUCAUGGAGGGAAUGAUGUCAGCAAUGCAAUUGGUCCACUGGUUGCUCUCUGGCUUCUGUAUGAGAGUGGCUCUGUGGUAUCCAGUGCACCAACACCUAUCUGGUUGCUUCUGUAUGGUGGAGUGGGCAUCUGCACCGGACUUUGGGUAUGGGGCCGGAGGGUGAUGCAAACCAUGGGCAAAGACCUUACCCCCAUUACACCCUCCAGCGGAUUCAGCAUUGAACUAGCUUCAGCAAUCACAGUUGUUUUGGCAUCCAAUAUUGGUCUUCCUGUCAGCACAACCCACUGCAAGGUAGGAUCUGUGGUGGCUGUGGGAUGGCUGCGCUCCAGAAAAUCAGUUGACUGGCACCUGUUCAGAAACAUCUUCAUUGCCUGGUUUGUUACAGUUCCUAUCUCUGGGCUGAUCAGUGCGGCCAUCAUGGCUCUCUUCAUAUAUGUUAUUCUGUGAACCUCCCACUGUUCAUCUAUGCUCUUACUUCAACAAAAAUGACCACUACCAGCAGUUAUUGUUUGACUGACUCAGUGUGUUCUAUAUUAAUUAUGUUUGUUACAUAGUCAGUGUCUCUUCAAGGUCAAGCCAAUUACAUCUCACAGGAAUUUGUCCAUGAAUGAUGUAGGAUCUAGUAACACUGUUCAAAGAGGUCUGUGAUCCUGUGUAUUCCUAUGUAUAUUUGUAUAAAUGCAAUAAAAAUCAAAUAGUUCAGUUUUGGCUAACAAAAAAAAAGGACCAGCUAUAUUAUUUAUAUUUAUUGUGUAUUUGGAUAUAAUAAAAAGGUGUUGCCUGAUUUUAAGGGAUUCAACUUAUAUUGCUCACUAUUAACAUUUCCCACUGAAUGCUAUUUUGUGUGAAUGUGGAAGGGAUGCAAAAACACCAGUAUGACUUACAACUUCAAUUGAUGACAAAAAUUCAUUAACAAAUGAUAUAAACACAUGGUUUAUGACCUAUUCACCCCAUGUUUUCAUGCACAGUCUUGAGGGAAAAUAAAGUAUUAAUGCUUUUCUCAAUGGUUUCAUCAUUUACACCUGUACUUUAAAGUGGCACUAACUAACUUUCACCCUCUAACUUUCAACUGUUAAGGGUGAAGUGAGAGUCAAAAUAAACUGAAACAGUAGCCCCUCCUCUUCUCCCUCCACUCCUC